UUCCCCCGUGUGCCAGAGAUCGCGUGUUCAACACUGAGCUAUGGCUGUUGUUCCCAGUUCCUUCCUGUCUCUUCUUGUGCUAUGUGGAGGCCUCUGCUACGCAGCAGCGUCCCCUCUAAACCAGAUACAGGAGAGCUACCCAGACUCCGCUGUGGUCACCAGGGUUCGACAGGCUGAGACCAGGAUUGAGCAGCAGCUGCAGCGAAAGUCUUCAGGGACGAAAAAGCUCGCGCUGGACCAGAUACUGCUGGAUGUCGUUGCUCCCAUAUCGGAGGUGGAUCCCCAGUUCCUCUCAGUUACGAUAGACUCGGGUGACAUCUCUAGGAACUGGUCUGGAAUAACGUUCACUGCCCAGCGGAUCAUCAACAUGGCCCGAGGACUGGCUCCUGCCAUGCUGCGGGUCGGAGGUACCAGUGGAGAUUACCUCAUCUUCAACUCCUCUACUGCGGAAACAGUGCAACAGUCAAACUUCACGAUGACUCCGCAGCAGUGGGAUGAAGUCAACAAGUUUGUGGAGACUGUUGGCUGGGACUUUGUGUUUGGUCUGAAUGCUCUCCUUCGUACACCUUACCCCAAUGGCUCUUGGGACUCUGACAAUGCCAGAAUGCUUCUCUCAUACUCUACCUCCAGAAAACUAUACCGUCCAGUGGGAGCUUGGAAAUGGUGCGCGACUGAGCCAGAUAUGUGGGGGACAGCAAUACCAGCUGAGGACCAUGCCAAAGACUUCUUGACUCUGCGGGAUCUGGUGGCAGAGGAGAAGACACUGGGGAAGAUGCUCAUUGGACCUGAUGUAGCAUACAAAAUGGACUACUUCACAGAGUAUGUUGUAUCUACGAUAUCCUUUUUGCCUCCUUUUUUCAAUUUUUGUAGGUUUAUACAGAGUCUACCACAGGGACUCCUCAGUGCCACCACCUACCAUCAGUACUAUGGGAAUGGGAGCACAGCCAAGCUGCCUCAAUGCUAUGAUGUCAACCUUCUAGACAGCCUUAUUCAUGUUGCAGUAUAUUUCCAGGCCUCAACAGAGGCUCUGCAACCACAGGCCGAUUUAUGGCUGGGAGAGACAUCCAGUUUCUAUGGCAGUGGUGCUCCAAAUUUAUCAAACACCUAUGUUGCUGGAUUCCUGUGGCUGGACAAGCUAGGUAUAGCAGCAGUUGUUGGUCACAAACGAGUGUUUCGACAUGAUUUUAUUGGUGGGUACUUUGCAUUGUUAGAUGCAAACCAAAACCCAUUACCUGACUAUUGGUUGUCUCUACUGUACAAGAAGUUGGUUGGAACCAAAGUUGUGUACGUUAAUGGCAGUUUGGAAUAUGGACGAUACCUCAGAGUCUAUGCCCACUGUGCUAAAGCUCCGUACCCGGCAGGCAGUGUUGUUCUGUUGCUACUGAACACAAACUUCACCACGGCAACAGCAGAGCUCCUCAAUGAGGACCUGGCCUCCAGUUACAGGGAUGUGUUCUGGCUGAGUCCACCAGCUGGGGACCUCACCUCCACCUCAGUCCUCCUGAAUGGAGUGCUACUGGAGCUGGUGGACAACAGGGACUUGCCCCACCUGGUCCCAGCUGAAGACUCUCCUGGCUCCUCCCUCUCUGUUCCCAGCAUCUCCUUUGGUUUUGUUGUCUUCAGGGACACUAAAAUACCUGCUUGUACGUGAUGUAAUAAAAAUAAAAAGAGCCACUAACUGCAGCAAUGAUAAGGUUUUGUAUCAUAGCUUGCAUUCUAAGCCAUUUUGUUUCUGUGUCCAUGUGUAAGACACAUAAUUAUGUGCGUGCAAAUGCCAAUUUGAGAUGCUAGUCUCAACCACAUAAUAAAUAGAACAUGGGUCCAGACCAAUGUUCCUGACGGCUGAGCAGACAAGAUGGGAGAGGAAAAAACGUAAGAUUGUUUGGCUUAGGUUUUUUGGGACGUUAUCGGUAUCUUUAUCACGCAUGCGCAAAACGUGUAUAUACAGCUAGACGGAUGAUCGCGCAAUGGGUGGGGCUUGUGUUGUGUUGGCAUGCAUGAUGGCUAACCUUUACAGUCUCGUUCUCGUUCCUAUGCUUUUUGGAGGCCUCUGCGCAGCUGUAUCCCCUUCGGCCGAGUUUCAUACCUCGGCUGUGGUCACCAGGGUUCGACAGGCUGAGACCAGGAUUGAACAGCAGCUGUGGGGAAAAUCUUCGGGGAAGAGAAAGCUCGCGCUGGACCAGAUACUGCUGGAUGUCGUGGCUCCCAUCUCGGAGGUGGAUUCCCAGUUCUCUCAGUUACGAUAGGCUCGGGCGACAUCUCCAGGAACUGGUCUGGAAUAACGUUCACUGCCCAGCGGAUCAUCAACAUGGCCGGAGGACUGGCUCCUGCCAUGCUUAGGGUCGGCGGUACCGAUGGAGAUUUCCUUAUCUUCAAUCCUCUACUGAACAAGCAGUUCAGCUGUCCAACUUCACGAUGACUCGGCAGCAGUGGGAUGAAGUCAACAAGUUUGUGGAGACUGUUGGCUGGGACUUUGUGUUUGGUCUGAAUGCUCUCCUUCGUACACCUUACCCCAAUGGCUCUUGGGACUCUGACAAUGCCAGAAUGCUUCUCUCAUACUCUACCUCCAAAAACUAUACCGUGCAGUGGGAGCUUGGAAAUGAGCCAGAUAUGUGGGGGACAGCAAUACCAGCUGAGGACCAUGCCAAAGACUUCUUGACUCUGGGGGAUCUGGUGGCAGAGGAGAAGACAGUGGGGAAGAUGCUCAUCGGACCUGAUGUAGCAUACUCAAUGGACUACUUCACAGAGUUUAUACAGAGUUUACCAGAAGGAGUCCUUAGUGCCACUACCUACCACCAGUACUAUGGAAAUGGAAACACAGCUAAGCUGGCACAAUGCUAUGAUGUUAACCUUCUAGACAGUUAUAUUCAUGACGCCAUCGACUUCCAAGACACCACGGAGGCUCUGCAACCACAGGCUAAUGUCUGGCUGGGAGAGACGUCGAGUUUCUAUGACGGUGGUGCUCCACAUUUAUCAGAUACAUAUGUGGCAGGAUUUAUGUGGCUAGACAAGCUAGGUGUAGCAGCAGUUGUUGGUCACAAACGAGUGUUUCGACAGGAUUUUAUCGGUGGGAGCUAUUCAUUACUGGAUGGAGAUCAAAAUCCAUUACCUGACUACUGGUUGUCUCUGCUGUACAAGAAAUUGGUUGGAACCAAAGUUCUCUACAUAAAAGGCAGUUUAGAUUAUGGACGGAACCUGAGAUCCUAUGCCCACUGUGCUAAACCUCCGUACCCAGCAGGCAGUGUGGUUCUGUUGCUACUGAACACAAACUUCACCACGGCAACAGUGGAACUCCUCAAUGAGGAGCUGGCCUCCAGUUACAGAGAUGUGUUCUGGCUGAGUCCACCAACUGGGAACCUCACCUCCACCUCAGUCCUCCUGAAUGGAGUGCUGCUGGAGCUGGUGGACAACAGGGACUUGCCCCACCUGGUCCCAGCUGAAGACUCUCCUGGCUCCUCCCUCUCUGUUCCCAGCAUCUCCUUUGGUUUUGUUGUCUUCAAAGACACUAAAAUACCUGCUUGUACUUCUUAGUAGCUAUUUGACAUUGCAGUCAACAGACCUGUUGGGAUAUUAAACCAAUUGGUUCACAUGCAUAGGGUUACGGUAUGAGUGUCCAUCUGUCUGUGUUUUACAUUCUUUUUUGCCACCAUGCGCCACACACCAGUG